AUGGACAUGAUGGUAAGUGAGGGCAUUCCCCGUGCACCCCAUUCAUUGCCUGCCGGCCGCGGGAGCCAGAGCAGGCGAUGCUUCCCCGAACAAAAACACAAAUUUCUUGCUCACCUUUUGUUGUCUGCAUUCGUUGCAAGCUCUCUUAACGCCGGGCUGGCGUUUCUUAUCAUGAUCAUGAUCGCCAUGAUCGUCGUCCAAAGGGCUACCGGGGCUGCUUUCAUGGGCGACAGGACCGCUUCGUUUCCUCUUAGGACCGCCAUUGCCAUGGCGAGAACUAGCUGGGCUCGUUGGACUCAGAGAUGCCCCUCCGCGGGCAACAAUUGGAGAGCCGUCCAUGCACCUGCGAAGGGCGCGACAGCGUCACAGCCGUCGCAGCUCACCAGCAACCUAAAAAAGGCCAAAGGCGGAAGACAGAGCCGGAGCCCAAAGAAUGUCAAGUGUGCGCGCCGAGCGGCGGGGUAG